UUCCAGUAGUUGGAGCCAGGGAGUUGGCUAGAGUUAGAGAGCUUGGAAACUGCUUGGAGAUCUCGAGUCCAAAUUCAAGCAAUUUACUCUUAAAAACCAUUAAAUAUUUAAAUCUUUGUGAAUUUUUACUCACUAUUUAAAUUCAUACUCCCAAUUCAAACUAAUUUCACCACCGGGUAAUUAAAAAUAAUUAUUUUAUUUCUCUAAAAGUAAAUCUUGAGUUUUGGUGGUACCUCAAACAAAGUGUGGUGCGUUUUAAAAAAAAAAAAAAAGUUAUCAGUCACAAGUUCCCAGUGUCGGCCUAAGUUCCAAGGGCUGCAUCAUCGUCAUCACCUCUAUCACCAAAAUCAUAACCAUAAUUAUAAUCAACGUUAAAUCUCGUCCUCGUUCCUCAGCAUCACGUAUCUGAUUCCUGGUGAUUCUAGUAUAUUACUGACGCUUGCGCGCCAUUACUAAUUAUCCAUAUUCUCUUAAAGCAUUCUUCAGUUAUAGUUUAGUAUAAAAUUAUUUUUUUUUCUCUCGCUUAAUUUUUUUUUCACGUAUAGCAUCAGUACUUUAUUAUAAAUAAAUAUAAUUUUCAAGUAUAAUUUAAAGUGAAGUGAAUUUUUAAAAAUAAAAUAAAUUAAAAUUAGUAUAAUUCAUAUAUUAAUUAACAAUAAUAAUUAAAGACAGUAAUAAAUAAACCGGUACGUUUUAAAAUUUGAUGGUUAACAAUGAGUGAUUAUUCAGCGGUUGCUCCGCCUCAGAAUUUCAGCCAGAGUUCGGCUUUUGCCGCGGCAUUACAACGUGCGAAACAGAUCGCUGCUAAAAUAAAUCCUGGUGGCAAUCAAAAUACCGAUGGUGGGAUCAAGAGGUCACUUGAAGACAGUACAGGGUUCAGUGAUGAAUUUACAGAACCAGAGGCAAAGAAAUUAGCACAAGAUCCAUUAAUUGGAAUGAGAGGCGGACCAUUGGGAGGAAUAGGAGACAAUGGAGGGAAUCGAGGAGCACCAGUAUCGUCACCAACAUCUAGCUUGGGAGGUAUUUGCAAUGAAGAUAUCAGAGUUCCGGACAAAAUGGUCGGAUUAAUAAUUGGACGGGGUGGUGAACAAAUAACACGGUUGCAAAGUGAAACGGGGUGUAAAAUACAAAUGGCACCCGAAAGUGGCGGUCUGCCUGAACGUCUUUGUACCUUAACGGGUUCAAGAGAAGCUGUCAAUCGUGCUAAGGAUUUGGUACUGUCGAUCGUCAAUCAGCGCUGCCGAUCUGAGGGCGGUAUGGGUGAUAUGAACAUGCCUAAUCCUAAUAAUAGCGGCGGAGGUGGAGGCGGGGGAGGGGGUGGAGGUAGUAGUGGCGGCGGAAGCAGCGGAGGAAGUGGCGGUGGAGGUGGAGGUCCGAUGAUGAGUAGUAAUAGUCAUCCAGGUAGUGUGGAAAUAAUGAUACCUGGUCCGAAAGUUGGAUUAAUUAUUGGAAAAGGCGGGGAAACUAUUAAACAGCUUCAAGAAAAAUCUGGCGCUAAGAUGGUUGUUAUUCAGGAUGGACCUUCACAAGAACAAGAAAAACCUUUGAGAAUAACUGGAGAUCCUCAGAAAGUAGAGUACGCUAAACAACUAGUGUAUGAAUUGAUCGCCGAGAAAGAAAUGCAAAUGUUCCAUCGUGGGCCACGAAACAACGAUCGAAAUAGUUUUUCUAAUGACAAUGGCUUCAAUAAUCACGGAUCGUCAUCAGCACCACCAAAUAAUGGCGACGGAUGUGAAGUAUUAGUACCGCGUGCAGCUGUCGGUGUUGUUAUCGGCAAAGGAGGUGAUAUGAUUAAGAAAAUUCAGUCUGAAACCGGAGCACGAGUACAAUUUCAGCAGGGAAGAGAAGAGGGUCCAGGUGACAGAAAAUGUUUGCUGUCAGGAAAACCACAAGCUGUAGAACAAGCUCGCCAGCGAAUUCAAGAGCUCAUCGAUAGUGUCACGAGACGAGAUGAUAGACCGCCUGCAGGAAGAAGUGGAUCACGUGGCAAUGGCUUCGGAGGUGGCAAUAAUAAUGGAGGCGGUGGUGGACGUCCUAAUGAGUACGGAGGUUGGGAUCGACGACAAGGAGGUGGUUCGAUGCAAGAUAAAAUAGAAGCUACAUACAAUGUACCUUCAACUAAAUGCGGAAUAAUUAUUGGCAAAGGUGGCGAGACAAUAAAACAAAUAAACCAGCAAACAGGAGCACACUGUGAACUUGAUCGUAGAAAUCCAGGAACUGAAACUGAAAAGAUUUUUAUUAUUCGUGGCUCUCCAGAACAAGUAGAACAUGCCAAGAGGAUAUUUAAUGAAAAACUGGGCGUGCAAAACGAUCCAAUGCAUGAUUUCCAAGGAGGCGCAAAUGCAGCAUACGCUGGUGCUCAAGGUGCAAUUGGUUAUAAUCCGACAUGGAAUGCAGGUGCAGGUUAUCAAACAUGGCCUACUCAAGCUCAACCAACUGAUGCCUCUGCUACUGCACAGCCCGUGCAAAUAAAUCCUCAAACUGGUCAACCAGACUACAGUGCCCAAUGGGCUGAAUAUUAUCGUUCUCUGGGAAUGCAUCGCGAGGCUGAAUUAAUUGAGCAGCAGUCGAAACAAGCAAAGGCCGAUCCAGCUCAGCAACAAGCUGCGACAGCGGUCGCUGCUGUUGCAACUCCAGGUGCCGCAGCUACUGCACAAGCGACUCAGCAACCUCAACCUAAUCAACAAGCUCAGCCACAAAAUGCUACACAGAAUGGCGGACAAGCUGAUUACAGUGCUCAGUGGGCUGAGUACUAUCGUAGUAUUGGUAAAAUAAAAGAAGCUGAAGCUAUUGAAGCACAAAUGAAAGCUGGAAAGAAUAAUCAAAUGGGUCAAACACAAAUGCAACCACAGGCAAUGCAGGGUCAAGCAGCAACACCAGCUGCACCAGCACCAGCAAAUGCCUUUCCACAAGCAUACGGGGCUUAUCCAGGCAUGAAUCCUGGAUCAACUCCCGGUAAUUAUUACGCACCGGGUGCUGGUGCACCUCAACAACAAAAUCCAGGGCAACAGAAUCCAGGGUUUCCCACUGGCUAUCAAAACUACUCUUACUCCCAGCCUAACGCUGAUAAUUAAGAGUCUACAAUAUUGAUAAUUUUCAGAUAGCUUUCCAUUGGGACGCGGUUACCUGCUGUCUUCACAAUAUAUUACAAAAUUAAUUCAUUAAAAUAAUUAAGAAAAAAAAAACAAAAUUAAGAAAAAAUAUUACAUAUACAAUUACAAUUAUAUUAAUAAUGAUGAUUAAGAUAAACGACUAUGGUAAUUUACGAUCCGCUUGCAUAGCGAUUAAAAAAAAUAUAACUAAGUAUAAAAAUCAUUUAAAUAUAAAUUUUAAAAAAAUAUUAAAUAAAUAUAAAGAUAAAAAUAGUAAAGAUCACAGUAUAAUACAAAGUCCUCCGUAAAUUUAUUCUUUAUGUUAUUUUACGUUUUUUUUUAUUUAAUUAAUUGAUUAUAAUUAUUAUUAUUAUUAACUACUAAUUACUAAAAAUAUAAAAACACCGUAGGAUAUUAUAUUUUUAAUCGCUGAAAAAUUAUAUUAAUUAAUAAUUAAUGUGUAAUCAAACGUAGUCCGUCAGUGUUCCAAAAAAAAAAAAAAUAAAUAAAUAAAUACUGUCAGAUAUUUCUUAUGAAAAAAAUUUUUACUGUAUUGUAAUAUAAAGAAAAAAAAAGUUGUAUAAAAAAAAAUUAAUAGCAAGCGAGUAAAGACGGUAUGUAUUGGCAGGUGAAGCAGCAGACUGGAGAUCUUGGGAAAAUGUAUGACGUUACUGCUUAUAAAAUGAAUUAAAAAAAAAAAACAAAAAUGAAUAUUUAAAUAAUGGACAAUUAUAAUAACAUUAAUUUGAUAACAACUGAUAUGGACGAAACGAAAAAUAUAAUUUAUAAUUGGUAUAUUUAUAAAAAAAUAUGUAUGAUAGGUUUUCGUGUCUGAUGCAGCAGCCUCGUGUGCUUUAAUAAUUAUUAUUAUUAAUGAUGAUAAUAAUAUCAUUGUCUUUUUAAUUAUUUUGCUUUUUCAUAUUGUCAUUUAUAUUAUCAAUUACUAUAAUUAUUUAAAUAUUUAAUUGAUAAUCUUGUAUUAAUUAACCAAUAUUAAUAGUUGAGAAAAUUUUUACUUGUG